AUGCUGAGUGCUGAGGAGAAGGCUUCUGUCAUCUCCCUAUUUGCCAAGGUGAACGUGGAAGAAGUUGGUGGUGAAGCCCUGGGCAGGCUGCUGGUUGUCUACCCCUGGACUCAGAGGUUCUUUGAGCACUUUGGGGACUUGUCCUCUGCUGAUGCCAUUUUGGGCAACCCUAAGGUGAAGGCCCAUGGCAAGAAGGUGCUAGACUCCUUUAGUGAGGGCCUGAAGCAACUUGAUGACCUCAAGGGUGCCUUUGCCUCACUGAGUGAGCUGCACUGUGAUAAGCUGCAUGUGGAUCCUGAGAACUUCAGGCUCCUGGGCAAUGUGCUGGUGGUUGUGCUGGCUCGCCGCUUUGGAGGUGAAUUCACCCCGGAGCUGCAGGCUAACUUUCAGAAGGUGGUGACUGGUGUUGCCAAUGCCCUGGCCCACAGAUAUCACUAA